ACUAGUGAAUGCAUAUAUGAUAUCAAGAUACAAAAUACUACAUUAAGUCCACUACAGUUGGGUUGCCUACAGCAAGUAAGAAAAUUAAGCUGUAAUCAAACAGUGCUCAGGGCUACGAUGACAAAUCAGUAGGGCCAUACAAGCCUUAUCAGACUCCGGUCAGAGUAAAACAUUAACUUUUAAAACAAACACUCCCUUCGAACGGAACGCCAGUAGGCAACAUCGCCGCAUUGGAAUAAGGUGCCUUUCAGGAAGUAACGAGACCACUCCACCCCUUAGCGCCCGAUCAGCUCUCAAAGAAGUUGAAAAUGAUGGGUAGGAAGUAGCUAAUGAUACGACUGUCACACUGUUGGCUGUGGGUGGGACCUCUCUCUGACAGACUCGUGGGGUGGUCCUGCUUGAGCCAAGUUUGUAGAGUUGCAAUCGUCUUGUACGACUACUCGCGUUUCACGCCACAGUGCAGGUGAGCGUGGGCAAGUAGUACCCUGGUCGGGGUAUGUGUCUUUAAAGCAGGAGUGCAAUACUUCAUACAGUUCGGAAACAAAAAGUUGAGAAAAAACGGCAACAGCUUUCUCUUAUCAACGGAAGAAAACCUGCUCGGGACUACAAGGGUGUCCGUGAGGAUAGGGAGAUGUCUGCCCAGGUGAAGAUGGGGGAGGUUGGUGUUGGCGGUGUUUCGGGGGGGCGUGUGCACCUCGGCCCCCUGGCCGACUCCAGCAACCGCGUCCUCGUGGAACCCCCCCAGGCCACCGAGGGUCCCCUCAUCCUGGCCUGCGACCCCUCCAAACCCGCUCCCCCGCCCAAACCUCGUCUCACUGCCAAACCCUUCAUCGUCCAGAGAAACGCCUCCAUCCGCUCCAUUUCCGCCCCCAAGCGCACCGCUAGGCCCGCCCUCCAAACCACGCAGCCGUCCCCCUCUGCCCCCAAGCUGCCACCCGCGCCUGGAACUGACCCACCCGGUACCCCAAAAACAGAUUCUCCCGGCCCUGCCAGUCCAGUUCCUGUUAGCACCCCCAAACCGGAACCUUCUGUAACCCCUGAGCUGGAUUCUGCUAGCAGCCCAAAACCAGAUCUGGCCAGCACCCCCACACCGGAUCCUGCUAGCACCCGUGAACUAGAUCCUGCUGGCACCGCUAUCACUGCCCCAACCAAACUUGAAAAGGAUUCUAAAGAAGUUCCUCCCGUAAAACCGAAACCAGAGCAGGCCAGCACCCCCAAAACAGAUCUGGUCAGUGCUUUAAAACAGGUUAAUGAAAGCACUCCCAAACCAAAUGCACCCGACACCUCCAAAUCUGAACAACCCAGCACCCAGUCCAUCACCUCCAAAACAGACAUCACCAGAAUCCCCGAAGCAGACCCAGUAGUCACCCCCAAAGCCACCCUGCCCCAAAGCCCCACCCGACCACAGCAGGAGGAGAAUGGGGCAGAAGGUGUGGCCUCUGUGGAUGUACCCCACCAGGUGACGCAAGACAAGCAGGGCCCUGAGACCACAGCCCCCGUAGGCUCAGCCCCCCGCCUGACCUCCACUGAGCCUGCCAGGCCCAAUUUUGUACCCAGCUGGGGCAGGCGCCCCCUCUCUGCUGACCUCACCUCCAAGUUCGAGUCCACAGGCCGACCGGAGCUCCCCCGCCGGGCGUUCGUGUCGUCGGCGAAGGCGGAGAAGGGGGCGGCAGAGGCGUCGCCCCCCGAAGAGAAGGGCUGCCUGGUGGCUACGGAGGAAACAUUCCAGAAAAAGAAGGAGAAGGAGGAGAAGGAGAAGAAGAAGGAGACAGAGAAAGAGAAGGAGACGGAGAAAGAGGAGAUGGAGAAAGAGAAGGAGAAGGAGAUGGUGAAGGAGAAGGAGGAGGAGAUCAGAGGAGGCAGUAUCAAAAAACGGAUCAGUCAGCUGUUUGACUCUUCCGGCUCCGCUAGUGCCAGGGCCCCUCCCCCGGAGGCGGAGCCUCAGCCGGCGGUGCAGCCAAUCGCAGAGGAGGUGGUGCCCAUGGGCGUGAAGCAGAGGAUCAAAGCUCUGAUGGCCGAGACUCCGCCCACUCAAAACCAGAGUCUGAAACCAGCCUUCAAGCCCCGCCCACUGUCCCAAGACUUCAGGAAAUGUUUUGCAGUGGAAAAGGAGCCUGCCUUGCCAAGCAGUCCCAGGGCUUUGGAGAAAGAGGAAACUAGGGGACAUCCAGAGGAGACUGUAGAGGCUCAUGGGAAGGACUCCGUGUCAAGUGUCCAUGAACAGCCGAAGGAAAAGGAGGACAUUGAGGAAGGGGAGCCUGACCGGGAAGUACAAUCUGAGGUGGAGAGAGGCAGUGUAGGGGAUAGAGGAGAGGAGGUGAGGAGCUCCUCCCCCAGGGAGGGAGAAGGAGGGGUGAGUAGCCCAGGCUCCGCCCCCAUACCGCCGGCUACAGAGAGUGCUCCUGUGGAGAAAGCCACACCCACCAAAGCUCAGACCAAUGAGGACACGCUUAUACCCACUGCCCUGAAGGAGACGGAGCGGGUUGAACAAGUGAAACGGGAAAUAGAAGAAAGGAUGGCGAGAGAAAGGGAGAAGAAGAAGGAGGAGGAAGAGAGGUUGGAGAGGAAGUUUGAAAAGAGGAGGGAAAAGGUGUGGGUGGAGACAGAGAUGGAGGAGGGGAAAGAGAAAGAAAAGACGGGGAAUGAGAUAAAGGUGAAAAAUGUAAAGGAAAGAAUAGAGAGAGAGAUGGAGGUGAGGAGAGAGAAUGAAAGGGUGGAGAAGGAGAUGGAGGAGAAGAGGAAACGAGAAAGGGUGAAGAGGGAGUUUGAAGAGAUGAGAGAAAAAGAGAGGUUGGAGAAGGAGACGGAGGACGAGAUGGAAAAAGAAAGGGUGAAGAGGGAAUUAGAGAACAGAGAAAAAGAAAGGGUAGAGAGAGAGUCGGAGGAGAGGAGAGAGAAUGAAAGGGUGGAGACGGAGAUGGAGGAGAAGAGGAAACGAGAAAGGGUGAAGAGGGAGUUUGAAGAGAUGAGAGAAAAAGAGAGGUUGGAGAAGGAGACAGAGGACGAGAUGGAAAAAGAAAGGGUGAAGAGGGAAUUAGAGAACAGAGAAAAAGAAAGGGUAGAGAGAGAGUUGGAGGAGAGGAGAGAGAAUGAAAGGGUCGAGAAGGAGAUGGAGGAGAAGAGAAAACAAGAAAGGGUAAAAAGGGAAUUAGAAGAGAUCAGAGAAAAAGAGAGAUUAGAGAAGGAGGUGGAGGAGACAAAAGAAAAAGAGAGGAUGUUGGAGGAGAGGAGAGAGAGAGAAAGGGUUGAGAGGGAGUUGGAGGAGAGGAGACAGAGAGAAAGGGUGGAGCAGGAGUUGGAGGAGAGGAGAGAGAAUGAAAGGGUUGAGAAGGAGAUGGAGGAGAAGAGAAAACAAGAAAGGGUAAAAAGGGAAUUAGAAGAGAUCAGAGAAAAAGAGAGAUUAGAGAAGGAGGUGGAGGAGACAAAAGAAAAAGAGAGGAUGUUGGAGGAGAGGAGAGAGAGAGAAAGGGUUGAGAGGGAGUUGGAGGAGAGGAGACAGAGAGAAAGGGUGGAGCAGGAGUUGGAGGAGAGGAGAGAGAGAGAAAGGAUGGAGAAGGAGGUGGAGGAGAAGAAAGAAAAAGAAAGGAUGGAGAGGAUGUUGGAGGAGAGGAGAGAAAGAGAAAGGGUGGAGAGGGAGUUGGAGGAGAGGAGAGAGAGAGAAAGGGUGGAGCGGGAGUUAGAGGAGAGGAGAGAGAGAGAAAGGAUGGAGAAGGAGGUGGAGGAGAAGAAAGAAAAAGAGAGGAUGGAGAGGAUGUUGGAGGAGAGGAGAGAGAGAGAAAGGGUGGAGCGGGAGUUGGAGAAGAAGAGAGAGCGAGAAAGGAUGGAGAAGGAGGUGGAGGAGAAGAAAGAAAAAGAGAGGAUGGAGAGGAUGUUGGAGGAGAGGAGCGAAAGAGAAAGGGUAGAGCGGGAGUUGGAGGUGAGGAGAGAAAAAGAAAGGCUGGAGAAAGAGUUAGAAGAGAUGAGAGAAAAAGAAAGGAUGGAGAGGAUGUUGGAGGAGAAGAGAGAAAAAGAAAGGUUGAGGAGGGAGUUGGCAGAAAUUAGAGAAAAAGAAAGGGUGGAGAGAGAGUUGGAGGAGAAGAGAGAAAAAGAAAGGGUGAGGAGGGAGUUGGCAGAAAUGAGAGAAAAAGAAAGGGUGGAGCGAGAGCUGGAAGAGAAGAGAGAAAAAGAAAGGGUGGAGAAGGAGUUGGAGGACAAGAGGAGGAGAGACAUGAUGGAAAGAGAGAGUAAAAGUAAAGAAGAGGAGGCUGUGAGAGUUCUUGAGAAUGAGGAAAUUCGCUUCGAUGACUUCUCGGUGAAGCCCAGGAGAUGGGGGACCCAGGGGAGAUCCUCACGGGGGACCACCCUGUGGGAUGAGCCAUACCAGGAGAAAGUGAAGGAGCCAUGUAAGGAGAGAGAGGAGGAGCCACGGGUGACAGAGGAGGAGAGUGUGCCAGAGAGAGAGGAGGCCGUGGUGACCCCUCGUGAUUGGUCAGCGUCGGGAGGUGGACCAAGCUCCCAUCAAGCCUCUGUCAAUGAUGGCGUCAGUGCCCAAGAGGAGCCCGACCAGACUCUUCCCCAAACUCUGACCCCGACCCCAUCUCCCCCCAGCCUGGAGCUACUGAGAGAGGCCCCCAAAGAGAUGGAGGAGGAGGAUGUGGCUGAGCUGCUUGUGGAGACAGACCCAGAAGCACUGGUAGAUGGCCGCCUGACUCCUGUCGGCCCAAGACUAGAUGACCUCAUAAGCUUUUUCCAAGAUGAACCUCUGCCAGAAGAGCCUGGCACCCCUAGUGGCCUGGAUGAUGACACUAACCACUCCACUCCCUACAUGGAACCUGAGCCAGAACCUGAGCCAGAACCUGAGCCAGAACCUGAGCCAGAACCUGAGCCAGAACCCCUUCCUGAGUUCUCCACAUCGCUGCUGGACUCCGCCGCUCAGCUCUCGAAGGCCCAGCUCGGCCGGGGCCGGAAUCGGAAACGACUGCCAAUGAAUUUGAGGUCUGCCGCAGAGGAGCCAAAUGUCUGGAUGUUCAGCGAUUCCACAGUCAUGGCUGAGCCCUCUUGUGGAGAUGAUUCACCAUCUGAGGCCGAGCCUGGCCCACUCCCCAGCCAACCGCAGAGAGUCGCCAUGUUCCCUGGAAUGGACCAUUCUGCCCUCAAGGCCGUACUGCAGAAGCGAGGGGGGGAUUCUGAUGGACGGGCGAGCAGCCCCGGUGCGUCUCCACUGGAUGUUUUGCGUCGCGCUCCACAGCUGCCCCAGCCUCCCUCCCCUCAGCGCUCCCGCCCUGCCAAAUCACCCCUUCCAGGAGCAUCCAGGGUGCUGCCCCCUGCUGCUGGGGCAGAGGACAGGGGGGAGUCUGUGCCUUCCUGGCUUCAGGAGCUGAAGUCUAAGAAGCGGUUCACUCAGCCUGGAGCGGACACAUAGACCCCAAGGGAAAGGGGUGUACAAGAGGAGGAAAUGGCAGAAGCAUUGAAAUGAACAGAAAAACGCUUCAGAAAAUCGUCUUUUUCUCUCUAAUUCCAUAUUUUUUCCAUGAAUCUUGCUUGUGAAUCUCACGGCUGCAGUAAGAUUAGAUAUAAUCUUCUAAUCCAGAAAGAGUGGAGAAAAGAGUCUUUUCUGCCAAACGAGUCUUUGCAUACAGUCACUUUGCUCUCUAUCUGCACAGAGGGGACGGAAGCCUAAUGCUGUCCCUGCACUUGUAGCGCAAGCAGAAGGUUAGCCUGCCGGAACAAGCCCUUCUCAGCCUGUUGCACAACACGCUCAGGGGAGGAAGUUAUUUUUUUAAUGCUUUUUUUUUACUUGUAAUUUUUUAAAGCAAUUGAUGCAGUUUGUCUCUGUCUGCCUGUUCGCUGUUUCCAAAAAUCAGUUUCUCCCUUUUCCUUGUAUUUUGUCUUAUUAUGUUUUCUUUGUUGAACUGGCUCUUAGCCCAGCAACGAGUUUACGGCAUCAACCCUCUCGAGGACAAUACAAUCAAUGCACCCAGAGCCUUUGCCUUUGUCCCACGCUGCCCCUCCCAGGUCUGAAUCGCUCCUGCCCUGUGUAUUGUUGGGAGUACGAGGUGCUAUGAAACUGCAUAUUGCACACAGUUAUCUGUUUUUGUAUGGCUGGGUCCUUUGGAAUCAAAGUUUUUUUAAUUAAUUAAUCUAAUAUUCCGAGAUUGUGAUUCUGAUUGGCCCAGAUGCCCUCUGACUCCACCCAGGACAUGCUAUCUUCAGUUGGUCUCAUGGCUGGAACCGUCCAGCACGCAAUGUGUGAACAGUGACUGCCCCCGAUAGCAGACUCUGAAUCUUCAUCCUGCUUCGUAGUGAUUCCUCCUGUAGGUGAAUGAAAGGGAAUGUUUUGUUUGAUCUGUGUCUGGAGUCAUCAGGCUGUUACCUGUAUAUUUGUGGGUGUGAGCAUGUGUGUUUGAAUGAUGUCUUCUGUGAAAUAAUUAUUUUAUCAGGGCUUUUUUUGUUUUGUUUCUUUCUUAAUUUCAACGAGAAGGCUGCAGGCUUGUAUGAGGCCACUGUCAAAGUGGAAAUAAAAUUUGCUAUGAAAUGGA